UCGAUUUCAGCAAAACAAAUUAAUCACGUAUGAAUCUUUGAGUCCUGUUGAUGCUUCCUCCCAAGAGUGCAAUUUUCUUUCGCAAUGCGUUGUGCCAAUGCCGGUGGUACGGACCGGAAAUGGGGGCAGCUUACUUCGAGUAAUGGAAAGGACGGUUUGUGGAUUCUUUGGUUGUUUCAUCAUUUCCAUUCAACAGCAUGUUUGGCAAAGACCGUUUCCAGUUUGAAAGUCCCAAUGUCGUCGACCCGGGGGAGAUGCCACCUUCGGCACCAACGAGGACGGGCCGAUCUGCACAGCAGGACAGGACAGUGUCGCCUCCAGAAACUCCUCGUACACCGGAACGUCGUAUCAUCAACGUGUCCAUGGAGUAUGGGGACGCCAGAGAUAGCGCAACUCACUUCUUGAAAGAUGUCGAGGUUUCGCCAACUCGUGGAAUUGUAACUUACACAGCCGAAACCUUUCACGAUGAGGAAGAGCCUCUUAUGGAAGGGGAUGCAGGAGACACAAAACUCAACACAGGGUUGAAACAUUCGGUCAAGUUUGGUAAAAUGUACCCGGAGUCACUUUCUUCCAACUCGUCCACUUCUUCCUUUUCCUUGUCUCAACCGAGCUUAAGGGGUCAAAAGGGCGAAGCGGGAGGGUGGCGACGACCAAGCAGACGAGGACGCAAACUCGUGAUUCCAGAUAGAUCAGGCAAUCACGAUAAUAUGUACGGGGGUGGUUCUACAGGUGUCGGGGAAGAUGAACCGGGCUACACGAGAAAACUGCUCCUAUUCUUCUGCCUCGCUCCGGUCGUGUUGCUAUUCUUGGCCAUAGUACCACUCUCUCACUUGAUCCGACAAGAAAAGAAGGAACAAGACCCAUACCAUGGACGUACCAACGAAAGGUACAUCUCCGAACGAAUGCUGGAAACGAUUGACAUGCUGGUCGACACUGGAGUCUCCGACAAAGUUGCCCUCUCGGUACAAGGAACGCCUCAGAACUUGGCGGCAAAGUGGUUGGCAGACGUUGAUCCACUUCAGUACACCAUCCCUUCUCCUACAUUGCCACCAGACGAAUCGUAUCAUUUCAUCCAGCGCUAUGUGCUCGUCCUUCUUUACCAUGCAACUGGAGGCAACAAGACUUGGCAUAACAAUCUAGACUUCUUGUCAGAACACCACGAGUGCAGCUGGUAUCACUCCAAGAAGUUCACAGAUGGAGGAGUCUAUGCAAUGGGCGCUUCAUGUCGAGGCGACGACUUGCAAGUUACCGAUCUGUUGGUUCCUGCAAACAAGUUAAAAGGACGUAUUCCCACCGAGCUUGUUCAGCUGUCUCACCUCGAGUUGCUAAGCUUGAGCCACAAUCAAAUGACUGGUACUGUACCCGACCUCAGCCGACUGUCUGGUCUGAAAUACAUUGACAUUGGCACGAACAAGCUCACCGGAUCCAUGCCAGCAUGGAUUGAUUCUUGGUCGGACUUGAAGGUGCUUGGACUGGAAAACAACAGGAUCACAGGGACCAUUCCCGAGAGCUUGGCUUCCUUGACCAAACUUGUUACACUAGAUCUCAAGAAGAACCUGCUGAAAGGAAGCAUCGAUGUGAUCAACAGCCUAACUGGUCUCGAGUACUUGUACCUUGGCCAGAAUAGCUUUGCAGGGUUUGUCGAUGCGGAGCUUUUCUUAGCUGACGUUCAAAAUGUUCGCGAGCUCGAUAUCAGCAAUAAUCUGUUUUACGGAGACGACUUUCCCAUGACACUUUUGAAGAGACCACACCUGCAAGUCAUGGAUGUGUCAGCUAAUGCAUUGCGUGGUUCCAUCCCACCAGCUAUUGAAAGUAACUCCGUCCUGGAGGUGAUUGAGAUCAACGGAAAUGGCUUUACAGGAGUCAUCCCGUCCUCGAUUCAAAAUCUGGAGAACCUGAAGCACCUCGAUAUGCAAAUGAAUCACUUUAAUGGAACCAUCCCAGACCACUUCGUGAAUCUUCGUCAUUUGACUUACCUGUCACUUGGGGAGAACGACUUUACUCCCGGACCAAUCCCUGCCUUCUUGUCUUCCUUCACUGCGCUGCGGGAACUCUCCCUUGCUCGAACCAACCGAGUCGGCAAAAUUCCAGGAUGGUUCGACAUCAUGUCAAAUCUCAAGUUCUUGAAUUUGCAGGCAAACGAGCUUGAAGGGUCUAUUCCUGAGGAGGUAUGGGCACUCCCGAAUCUCUCCAUUCUUUUGCUCACAGAUAACAAGCUGAACGGAACGAUGCCAUCAGCCGCAGCCAACAUUGAGAACUUUCAAAUAUUGUCAAUGACCGGGAACGACUAUGUUGGCGAGGCUGACACCCUCUGCAAUGCCGCUCCAAAGAUGGACGCAUUCUCCUUUGACUGUGCUCUAAUCACGUGUACCAGCGAAUGUUGCAACGCGUGCUGCAAGGACUACAUGAGUAGUCUAGAUAGCAUGAGCUGCUAUUCCAAACAACUAAUGAAUGCUCUUGGCCAAGACCAGCGCACUUGGGAAUUCAAGUACCGAAGUACCGCCUACAGCUUCAGCCCUGCUAUUCUGCAUGAGUCUGACAACGUAAACGAGAAACGUGCUCCUACUGGAGGAACUGCCGCGCCAUAGGCAGCAUACACGCCGAAGCAAAAGACAGGAGCAAGGGGAAUGCGAUUGUGGCGUGUGCUCAGGGCUUCAAGUCGAUCAUUUCAGGGCUGUAGCAAUUUAUCAAAAGUGCUUUAUAGAACAUUGUUAACUUCAUCAACUAACCAGCUGAUUUUUCUCUUCAACAAAU